AUGAACCGAGGAGACGUGGACACUGAGGUUGACCUGACAAGGAUCGAGAAACUGCGCCGAAUUGAAAAGAAGGCCAUCGACGCGAUCGACAUUCCAGACUGGGAGACUGUCAAGAAACAUUACAGUGAGAUGGACCGGCUUGUAAAGGGGUGGCUCGCACCGGGCGAUCCCAAUGUGCUGCUUAUACAAACCCAUCUCGCCGAAGCAUUGACAAAUCAGGGCAUGAUUGACGAGGCGAUCGACAUUCAGCAUGACCUGCUCGAUCGAAUAGAAGCUGACACAGAGGUCGAAAAGGCUAUCCUAAAUCACGUUCUACAUCUCCAAAUUGCAGUCGUGGAAAUGCUUCUUCUCCGGAAUCGCGGCAAGGAUGCAUUGGACAUCCUCCAGAACGCACUCGAGGUUAGUGUAGAAGGCCUUGGCCGUAAACACGAAACUACCGACUCGAUACGAGAAAAUCACAGCCGUGUACUUGAGUGGGAGCGGAGGAACAUCCAGAAGCGGGUGGAUCGGUUGAAAGCAAAGGCAAACAGACGCGACAAGACUGUGCCCGUCACCGCAGCUACUGGAUCUCCGAUCUACAGCCCUCAGACGACGCCAGAGAUUCGACUCCCAUCUUCUACAGCUGAUACCUUCGACAACGAGGCCGUGGGCCUGGGAAUAUGCAUUGCAGGUGAUACAAGCUCCAACACGAGCUUCCCUCGGCCAAGAAGCUCUUCUGCACAGCUGCCCGAAGGAACUUCGCAGCCUGUUGCUUUCAGAGGACGGCCGAUCCAGUCGCCGAGAACGCGACCCGAACCGCCUGCGAAACCGCUCGGCUUGCAAAGGGAUCAACAGCCAAACGAUCUAUCGAAGUUCGCCAGCUUGCGUGGCUCCCAGACUCCCUCACUACGCGCUGGCGACCCAUCGAGGCCUGUGGCAAAUGCAUCCCCUUUGGCCCCUCCUCAGCAGACAAUGCGGGCGAGGUCUGCUGAUCAUGGUGGUCCGGAGACUUCGUCUAGCAGAGCUGUGAUCCGUUCCGACACCAUUGAUCCCGACUUCUCAGAUGCGGCUCUUCUAGCUUGUGAUGAGACUGAAUCUAAAGAGCAAGUCCCUCCCCGUCCCCGAUUGACGUCGCUAAGCGGGAACAGCACCGAUGAAUGGUUCUCGGUACACUUGAAAGAAACCCAUUCUUUUCUCGAAGGCUUCAGAGUCCUCAACUCAGGAGCGGGUCUCCGACCACGUAUUGCUUUCCUUGACACAGGGCUCAACACGGAGCACCCGGAAGUGCAGAAACUUAAACAGAGAACUGCCAAAGAACGACGUCUGCGAGGCUUCUGGGCCCCUCCGUCGACGGACUGGCGGGCGGACCAGGACGAAGACGGCCACGGAACAACCUGUGCUAUGGUUGCGCACAAGGUGGCGCCCAACGCCGACAUUUACAUCGCGCGUGUCUUCAAAGAUCGGAAACAUGCCCUCGACCACGCAGUGAACGUCUGGCAAGUCGACAUCAUCAGCAUGUCGUUCGCCAUAUCAAAAAUUGACAAAAGGACGAAAGAGGCCAUGUCUGCCAAAUUUGAAGAAAUCAAAGACAAGGUGUUGCUGUUCGCCGCCGCGUCCAAUUCAGGCCGGAACGACGGCAGAGCGUACCCGGCCAAGCGUCCAGAGGUCAUGGCGAUCCACGCCGCGUACGGGGGAGGCGGCCCGUGGAAGAACAAUCCCUUGCCCUCCAGCGACGACGCCCACAAUUUCAGCACCCUGGGCAUGUACGUGGAAACGCCCUACACGGGACAAGCGACCAAAAGGGUUUCCGGCACGUCGGUCGCUUGCCCCGUCGCUGCCGGCAUCGCGGCGCUCGUUUUGGAGUUCUGCCGACAGCCACUCGUGAAGAUCAAGAAGCCCGAGAGAUUGAAGCACAAAAAGGGCAUGGCAGCCAUCUUCUCUCAGAUGUACAACCGGUUCGAAGCCUCCAAGGCCGGCAAGGAGGAGGAUUAUUUCUACCUGCGCCCGUGGAAGUUGAUGGUCGUCAAAGACACGGACGACGACACCGCCGCAGCGUGGCACCGGGUUGCCAGCCUCAUCAACGAAGCAUUUGGCGAGGACUACUACUAA